ACCAAACAAUACUCACGUGUAAUACGGAAUAUUUGAAAAUACCUCUGUCAAUAUGAAGUUGUUGUUUGUUUUGUGUCUUAUUGCCGUGGUCGGGUUAUCGGUGGGUGAAAUAGAUCUCCAUCCGAGGGGCUGUAUUUACAUUGAGGGAAGAUGCGUUCGCGACUGCGAGGAAGGCACCCACGGGUACUCAACCGGAUGUAGCCCAGUAGAACCGGAACCUACCUGCGACAACCCCACCCCUGUGGUUGACCCUACCGAAGAUAUCUGCGACUUCACCGCGUGCUACUGCGACGCGCCCACCGUGCGUGAUACUGCUACUGGCAAAUGCGUGCUUCUAGAAGAAUGCACUAAGACGAAAGAUACCAAAAAUUAAUUAAAAAAAAUCACAAAUCGAAAAAAAUGUGGCAUUGAUACAUAUUUGACAGCCAUUUUGGUAAAUAAAUCAUUUUCGGAAAACUAAAA